AUGGGCAACAACCCCUCCUCGUCCUCCAAGCCUGCCACGCCUGUCUCAUCCGCCCCAGCGUCGCAGGACUCACCCAAGCACCAUCAUCACAAGCGGGAGUCCAAACACAUCAUCCCCCCGCGCUCCGCCGAGCGAGUCGCUGCCCCGCCUGAGCCCUCCCUUACUCAAGCCCAGGGCUCCACGGUCACCAAGGCCAAUAAGCCCCUCCAGUCCAUUCCCAUCUCCAGCUUCACCACCGACUCUCCCUCCUCGAGCUCGAGUACCUCCGUUCCCCAGCCGAAGCCACCGGAAAGCAAGCACAUCAUCCGCGAUGAGCCCAGCAAGCCCGUAGACGUCCCAAGCGUACCGACCGAAUCCUCCUCCCUGAGGUCGCAUUACUCCGCUCACAUGAUUGAACCAGCUUUGGUCUCCAACAACAGUGUCAAUGACAUGUCGUACAUAACCCGCCCUCCUCGUCUGCCUCUGCCUAUCGAGGAGGAAAUACACACUCCCGGCUCGCCCAUCAUCGCACCUGCGGACAAUGGCGAGGCCUCUGUGACCGAGGUGGAAGCCCUCGAUUCGGAUGGCAUGACGAGGAAGUCGUCGGCGCUGAGCACGACCACUGUAGACGAGGAGGAUGGCGAGGAGUUGUUCGUUGACAAGACAAGGCCCACCGUGCCGACCCGCCUCGAAUGGCGCAGAGGAGGAGGAAAGAUCUAUGUUACGGGAACAAUCUUCCAAUGGAACCGGAAACAAAGAUUACAUCCCGUGUUCUUGGUGGACGGAAUCAUGCAGACCUCGCCCGACUUGCCAACUACUGUGGACUUUGGAAACAACCUGGUCAACUUCAUUGAAGUCAGCGCCGACGACCUUCCCGCCAAGGCUCCCGUGGUGCCGGGACCCGUCCCCGCGCCCGGUACCGUGGCCAGCGACCAGAGCGCACCCAAGGGCGAGGCAGCGCUGGGCGAAGAACAGCCGAAACCCCCCAAGGGCAAGGAGGUGCCGUCGCCAAGUCAAUACUUCCACCAAAUACCCAAGUACCUGGUCGACUUUGACCAACCUGAAGAUUCGCCAGCCUACCAGUAUGCUGUAACAGCUAUUGAGAAGCUGCCGACGCCCCCCAGUCUUCCGGGUUUCCUGGGCAAGCCUAUCUUGAACGCCGCGGUUCUCAUGAAGGAUGACAACAGCGUGCUCAACAUGCCCAACCACACUGUCCUGAACCAUCUGGCCACCAGCAGCAUCAAGAACAACAUCUUGGCAGUUUCAGCAACGACUCGUUACAAGAACAAGUACGUAACGACAAUCAUUUACAAACCCACAACGACAGACGAAUAG